CUCCUUCUCAGCUUGAAACCACCACCACGAUUACCACCUAGCACGAAGCACUGCAAAGUCCGGCUUGCUUCAGUUCACCGGCAUGGCGUACCGAGUGCUGGAGGUCACCCUCCUGUCAGCCAAGGACCUGAAGAGCGUGAACCUCAUCACGCGCAUGGAGGUGUACGCGGUGGCGACCAUCUCCGGCGACCCGAUCACUCGCCAGUGCACCCCGCCGGACCCCCACGGCGGCCGCAACCCGACCUGGAACGCCACGCUCCAGUUCGCCGUGCCGCCCACCGCCGAGGAGGCCACGGGCGGCUGCCUCCACAUCCUCCUCCGCGUCGAGCGCAUCUUCGGCGGCGACCGCGACGUCGGCGAGGUCAUCGUGCCCCUGUCCGAGAUCCUCACCGGCGUCGGGCACGGCGCCGACUACGGCGCCCACAGCAUGCCGCAGUUCGCGUCCUACCAGAUCCGCAAGGUGCACCGCACCGAGGUGCGCGGCCUGCUCUACCUCACGUAUCGUCUCGGCCCCAUCGUGCUGCCGGAGCCCCAUCUGGAGGUACCCGUCGACGAGUGGCCGGUCGUGGCGUACCCGGCGAAGCAGGUGAUGCCGCCGCCGCCGCCUCCACCGCAGGCUGCCUGGCCCGGGUAUGUGGCCGCGGCACCGCCGGCAAAACCACCUGCCGGCUACGUGGCUGUGCCACCGCCUCCACCUGCAAAGCCAGCCGGCUACAUGGAUGUGCCGUUUUCGCCUGAGAAAGCACCCGGGCAUACGGCCUGGCCGUCUCCAAUACCUUACUGGUACGGGUCCGCGCCAUCACCUGCAAAGCAAGAAGGGCAUGCCGCCGUGCCGCCGUCUCCGAAACCUUCUGGGUACGGGACCGCGCCAUCGCCUGCAAAGCACGAAGGGCAUGUCGCCGUGCCGCCGUCUCCUCAUCCUUAUGGGUACGGGAGCGCGCCAUCGCCGGCAAAGCAAGAAGGACAUGUCACCGUGCCGCCGUCUCCGAAACCUUCUGGGUACGGGACCGCGCCAUCGCCUGCAAAGCACGAAGGGCAUGUCGCCGUGCCGCCGUCUCCUCAUCCUUAUGGGUACGGGAGCGCGCCAUCGCCGGCAAAGCAAGAAGGACAUGUCACCGUGCCGCCGUCUCCGAAACCUUCUGGGUACGGGGCCGCGCCGUCGCCUGCAAAGCAAGAAGGACAUGUCGCCGUGCCGCCGUCUCCAAAGCCAGCCGGCGGACAUGUCGCCGUGCCACCGUCUCCUGAACCAUCCGGUCGGGUGGUGUCCAUGCCGCCUUCUUCAAAACCAGUCGGGCGUGUGGUGUCUAUGCCACCGUCUACUCCGAAACCAUCAGGUCAGGUGACGUCCAUGCCACCUUCUCCAAAGCCAGUGGAACGUGCGGUGUCCAUGCCGCCGUCUCAGAAACCGGUCGAACGUGUGGUGUCCAUGCCGCCGUCUCAGAAACCGGCCGGGCCUGCGGUGUCCAUGCCGCCGGCUCCGAAACCGGUCGACCGUGUGGUUUCCAUGCCGCCGUCUCAGAAACCGGCCGGGCAUGUGGUGUCCAUGCCGCCGGCUCCGAAACCGGUCGACCGUGUGGUUUCCAUGCCGCCGUCUCAGAAACCGGCCGGGCAUGUGGUGUCCAUGCCGCCGGCUCCGAAACCAGUUGAACGUGUGGUGUCCAUGCCGCCGUCUCAGAAACCGGCCGGGCAUGUGGUGUCCAUGCCGCCGGCUCCGAAACCAGUUGAACGUGUGGUGUCCAUGCCGCCGUCUCAGAAACCGGCCGGGCAGGUGGUGUCCGUGCCGCCGCCUCCACCGAAACCAGUCGAACGUGUGGUGUCCAUGCCGCCGUCUCAGAAACCGGCCGGAAAUGUGGUGUCCAUGCCGCCGGCAUCGAAACCAGUCGAACGUGCCGUGUCCAUGCCGCCGUCUCAGAAACCAGUCGGGCGUGUGGCGUCCAUGCCGCCGUCUCCAAAGCCAACCGAGCAGCAUGUGUCCUUGCCGCCAUCUGCAAAACCAGCGGCACAAGUGGCCCCGCCACCGUCUCCAAAACCUUCUGGAUACGAGGCCCCGCCACCGUCUCCUCCUAAACCAGCUGCACAUGUGGCCGUGCCGCCGUCCCCAAAACCAUCAAGUCAUUACACCGUGCCGCCGUCUCCAACACCCGCCGGACAUGUCGCCACCAUGCCGUCGUCGUCUCCGAAACCACCUGUUCAUGCGGUGCCGCCAUCUCCAAAGACAAGCACGCAUGUGACCGUGCCGCCGUCGCCAAAGCCAGCCGGCGGAUAUGUGUCCGUGCCGCCGUCUCCAAUGCCAUCCGGCGGGCAUGUGUCCAUGCCGCCGUCUCCGUCACCAUACGGCCAGGUGGUGUCCAUGCCGCCUGCUCCAAAACCAGCCGCCCAAGUGGCCGUGGCCCCGCCUCCGAAACCAGCCAACUUGCCGGCAGAUCACAACCCCAGCAUGGAGUUCGGGUGGGGGCUGGGCGCCGGCCUGGUCAGCGGCGCAAUCAGCGGGAUGCUGGCCGGCGGCAACAAAGGAGAACCGAUGGCGUACGCACCACAAGCCCCUCCACUCGCCCGCAGCCGUCAAGUGUCUGUGUCUAAGACGUACGGCAGAGAUGUUUACACGCACUAAUAACCUGCUAAGAUCCAAAUUUAGCUUGAUACGAGUGUAUAAACACUUAUACGAUGCACUAGUAAAGAGUGAAGGUUUGGCAUGACUGGGUUUGUAGCUAGUUAUGCUAUAAAUUAAGACAUGGGUACGACUAUGUAUACUUCGUAAUUUGAAAUAACUAAGCUUUUAUGCUCCUUAUUAAGUUGCAUAUAUGGAAGAGUAAACUGCAUAAAA